AUCGGGCAGCCUGCGCUGCGAGAGGAGGCGCGCCAGUGCUCCAUGACGCUGCUAGGUGGCGCGCUUGUCGCCACGGAGAUGCCUUCUUGCUCGUGGUGCAUCGGGGAACACGUGUGUUUUAGCGAAGUGCUGUCGUGCUGCCGCUGCUUUCAGUGAUUUCUUUAUGCAAUGCCGCCGUGCUCGCGACAGCUAUGGUGAAUGAAAAGAGACAGAGACACUGCUUUGCUCCAGGAUGCACUGCUGGGUAUGUUUCCGCCAGAAAGCAAGGUAAAAAGGCGUCCCUUUUCACCGCUCCUGAGGACGACGAACGACGCAAGGCUUGGGAGCGCUUGAUCCCGCGUGCAGACAAGCCACUGGAGAAAAACUGUGUCAUUUGCGAAGCGCAUUUUGAUGAACGAUUUAUCGUUCGGACGUACAAGCAUGUAAUCAAUGGUGAAACCGUCGAAAUUCCCCGAGACCGUCCCUGCCUGACUCCCGACGCCAUACCGAGUUUCCCGAAUGUUCCGUCGUACCUUACGAAGAAGCUCCCACCGAAAAGGAAAACAGCAGCGUCGAAUGGUGGCGUGCCGCGAAAGCGUAGGAAAGAUGACUCCGUAUGUGAUGUCACUGAAGUCGGUGAAAUUUGUGUUACCGAUGGAGGAGUGGACUCGGAGUGCUCCACCGCUGAGGCAACGCCGCAUUCUGCCGUUGAAAAGUGGCUCGAGAGCAUCAGAGACGAGGACCUUCCUAGCAAGUAUUGGUGUAAGCAUUUGGUACCCAAUGCUCCCGAUGUCAUGGCAUUUUCAGUUUGCGAGGUGAACGGUAGUUCACUCUGCUUUCAGAAGCUACUCUUAUGUACAUUGUCCGAAACUGGCGUUCACUGCACUGUUUACGUACAGGGAUCAGUGAUCAAAGCUGUGAAUGUUAAUAGCUCAGAUGCUGUAAAGGGUAUUUUGUUUGAUAUGAAUUCGAUGACACCGUGCGAGGGGCUUGGGAUGGGUAUCAGCGACGACAAACUGCUAACCACGAGGAACCACAAGGUUCACGGAAGCAAGCUAUACAGUAAGAACUGCUUCGGUACCUGUCAGAACAAUAGUCGAUGUGGUGCAAUGCAAGUACGCCCGCAAGCUGCUCUUAAACCAAGCUUCUUACAAGCGUACAAGAGCUAG